AUGCUCAUUGGCAUAUGUGGCCCGAUAUGUGCGGGCAAAGCAACCGUAGCAGACUAUCUGAUCAAACAACACAACUUCACCCCUCUCACGAUCAAACGGAACGAUGAAACUCCUGCAAUCGAAAAGUCUGCAAAUUUCGCUCACUGGACAUCUGCCGCACUCGAGUUUCCUACAGCUCUGUUGCUCGAUCAAUAUGUUUCUGAGAACUGGAGAGAAAAUUAUGUCCUGACCACUAUCUGGAAUGAAGCUAUCCUUGAUACGUUGGCUAAGCGACCUCACUUCAUCUUGCUGAGCAUCGAUGCUCCUAUCAGCGUGCGAUGGCAGCGCUUCCGUGAGAGAUGUGCUCAAGAGAACAAAGAAGCCCCAGCCCUGGACGACUUUGUCUUGCGUAACGAUGAGCACCUCUACGACCCUUUAUCGAGUCUGGCUACUCUUUCGUCCAGAGCUCAGAUCAGAAUCUUGAACCCGACUACCACCAUUCCUCAGCUGCAAGCUUCGCUCGAUGCUUUGAAUCUCCUCGACCCUGCCAGGAUGAGGCCUACCUGGGACCAGUACUUCAUGCAACUCGCUGAUCUUGCUGCUCGACGGAGCAAUUGCAUGAGGAGACAAGUCGGCUGUGUCCUUGUCCGGGGCAAGCGUGUCAUCAGUACUGGCUAUAACGGUACUCCAAGGAAUGUCACCAAUUGCAACGAAGGAGGCUGUGCUCGUUGCAAUACUAGCAAGGGAGGCGGCACUGGGCUCAGCACAUGCUUGUGUCUCCAUGCAGAAGAAAAUGCACUUCUCGAGGCGGGACGAGAGCGCGUUGGCGAUGGCGCUGUGCUAUACUGCAAUACGCAAGUCUCUCUAAUGCCUGAUAUUACUGCCCGUGCUGACUGUCGUAGCUGCCCUUGCUUGACUUGUAGUGUGAAGAUUGUCCAGGUCGGCAUUACCGAGGUCGUCUUCAGUCAAAGCUACCACAUGGACACCCAGAGCGCAAAGAUUUUCAAAGAGGCGGGCGUACAUCUGCGACAAUAUGCUCCGCCACGAGAGGGUCUCGUCAACCUUUGUGACCUUCGUAUCGCGAAAUUUGAUCAAGCAUGA